AUGCUUUUCUUACUUUUAGCCAAUGUCAACUUUCACAAAACUCACAAAAAAAUCAGAACGAAACCACAAGAUAUGGGCUUGAAACUAUCCGCCAGCAACAAGAAACAAGACGAAACUCCAUCACAACAGUUAGCCGUGGAUUCUAAACCUAUUCACCUCUACAAACAUUCGGAUUUCAUCACACUAAUGAAAUAUUUAAAUUUUGAAAAGGAAGAAAUGUUUAGUCAAGCAUUUUCUAAAUACGAAUUACAUGGUUCUUACUUUGAAAGUUUAUUUGUUGCCAUCCUCCGAAGAAAUUCAUACUCUAUCCAACGUAAAAAAGAUAAAAUUAUUCGAAAGACAAUAGAAAUGGGAAUUGAAUUGACGAAACAAGAUUUGGAAAAUUUUCUUGAUCAUGUGGUAAUUGAAAAAAUUAACAUGGACAUUGAAAGAACUAAAAAUUACAAACAUCCUACAAUAUAUUCGAAAUAUGACAUUAAUGGUUCAAGAGUUUUGAGUGCUGGCAGAGUUAAAGAACUUGAAAUGUCAAAAGAUCAUUUGGAAUUAUUCGAAAUGGAUCGAUUAACAGAAGAAGAAUGUCAAUAUUUUGAUAAUUGUUGUAAAAAAUUACAAGAACCAGAAAGAGAAUUAAAGAAUGAAAGUGAAGGAAUGCAUCAAGCUGUUUUGAAUGAAUUUAGAAAAAUGAUUCAGAACAUGGUGUGUAAAGAUAGGUUUUUAUAUGAGACCUUCUAUCUUCCUAUUAGAUAUAAUACGAGUAGAGUGAAUCCUCAAUCUGAUGCUUACAUGCCUGUCAAGUUGGUGAUUACAGAAAUUGAGGAAAGACCGAAUAGAAAAAUGGGUCAAUUGGGUAAUUUGUUUCCGUUUGGAAUUUUUCAUGUUUCUUUGAUUGUUGGAGAGUGGAAAUUUGAUUGGGAUGUUCAUUCGGUGGUGAAAGUGAGAAGAGCAACUGAAAAGGUAUUUCAAUCUAAAGGUUGCAUUGCUGUUAUUGAUUUGGAACCAUUGACAAACGUAAAUUCUAUCAUGGCUGCGUUUGAAGACAUUUCUGAGAUUUGUUGCGAAUUCAAUGGUUCGAAAAUCUAUGACAAAUUCAAGUGUAAUUGCCAACAUUUUGUUUCCCUUUUACUGAAGGUCAUACAAGUUGGUUUACCAAAAAACAAAUCAAUUGUUAGAUAUCUGAAAGAUAUCAAGAAGGGAAAGGAAGGAAGAAUUUAUCAUUAUACAUCUGAGUUGAAACAACUGAUCAAAGUGAAUAAUGUGCAUCAUGAAAAGUAUGCCUCACUUUCAAAAAUCAAAUUCGAAACAAGAAUUCAACUCGAUCAGUUUUGUCACUGGUUGAAUGGUUUAAAUUAUUUUGAUUCAGUUUCUGGAAUGGAAGAUUACAGACUUUUGAAAGCAUUUGAUAGAUCUUUUCACAUGAACAGAGAUGACACUUUGGGAAUGUGGGUAGCCGAUGAAUACGAAGAAAAUGGAAUCAAAUAUGUUUCAUUCUUUGCCAAGGAUAAGAUUUCAGAAAUUACACUCGAUAAGCCAACUUACAAUGUGAAGAAUUUGGAAUUGGCUCAAUUGGUUCCAGAGAGAUGUUUUCUCAAUACUGGAACAGGUAGUGCAACCGAUGGAACGAGUACAAUUUCAGAAAAUGAUACCUUGAGUGAUUUGUAA